GCUGUGUGCUCAUGGGACUGACAGGCUGCUUCCUCUGCUGAGCCCCGCCCACGCAUUUCUCGGGUCAGGGUCCACGGUGUUCUCCCGCGUAGCUAAAGGUGCCGAGGUGCGCGCUUGUCUACUUGGGCUCGAGGACCCUCCGGGAGCAGAGCCUGAGGCUGAAGCUGCGAGUGCUGGGUAACCCAUCCCCUGCCACGAUGUUAGGCUCCCUGAAGGGCCGAGUAUGUGUGGUGACAGGAGCUUCCAGGGGCAUUGGCCUGGGCAUUGCCUUGAAGCUCUGCGAGGCAGGAGCCACUGUCUACAUCACAGGCCGAAAACAGGACACUCUGCAAGCCGCUGCUAAGGAGGCGCAAUACCGAGGGGGUCGAUGUGUGCCGGUGGUUUGUGACUCAACCCAGGAAGAUGAGGUGCGGAACCUGUUUGAAAGGGUUGGUAGAGAACAAGAUGGAAGAUUGGAUAUACUAGUCAACAACGCGUAUGCUGGGGUCCAGGGCAUCAUUUCUCUUAUGGAGAAGCCAUUCUGGGAAUGCCCAACCUCGCUAUGGGAUGACAUCAAUAACGUAGGACUCCGAGGCCACUAUCUGUGCUCGGUUUAUGGAGCCAGGCUAAUGGUGCCUGCUGGUCGAGGGCUCAUCGUGGUCAUCUCCUCGAUUGGUGGCCUGCGGUAUUUAUUCAACGUACCCUACGGCGUGGGCAAAGCCGGGUGUGAUAGGUUGGCUGCAGAUUGUGCCGUGGAGCUACGCCGCCACGGUAUUGCCUAUGUGUCUCUUUGGCCAGGGUUCGUGAGGACAGAGGUACUGUCGGAACAGAGGAACAAUAAAGAGGACCCCUUGCCCCCUCAGCUGGAAAAACUCUUUCUGGAUGGGGAGACCCCAGAGCUGAGUGGCAAAUGUGUGGUGGCCCUGGCAACAGAUCCUGAUGUUCUGCAACUGAGUGGUCGGGUUCUGAUGUCCUGUGAUCUGGCUCAAAAAUAUGGCUUUGAGGAUGUGGAUGGCCGCCCUGUCUUUGACUACCUGUCCCUGCCAUCAGCCUUUUCUGAGGUUCCCAGACUGGCCUGGCUGGCCCCGUACAUGCCCAGCUUCCUCCGUGUGCCCAAGUGGAUUUUAACCCUUUAUUGCAGUAAGUUCUGAUCUUACCAGCCAGCCAGGAUGAAGGGGCAAGACUUCCUGUCUUCCCAAACUUAGCACAACUGCUUUUUACUCUGCCACAAUCAUCAGCCAUGGAUCAAGGAGUGAUUUGACAUGUUUGGAUAAGAAAAGUUAAUAUUUUCCCAUAUACCUGGACUCUUGAGCAACCCCUGCCUUUAGGUGAAGACUUCAACUAGGACCUUCACUAUAUCACCUGUAUUUCUCCCACAUGCAGCCAGAGGGACUCCUGGUGAGAAGAGCAUUUGGGAUAUAGCACAGAUUCUGGUCUUAUCUGAAACAAUGGUUAGCUUUGGGAUUCUUGUGAGAUCUAAUACCACUUGUGCUUUUGCCUUGGUUUCUUUUCCUUGUUCCUGUGCCUUGUUUUACCUUUUAAAGGAAAAGAUGCCUAAGGUAAAUAAAGAACUAAAUUCAGUCAUUAAUUUAACAAAUAAAAAAAGUACAGAAA